AUAUCAACUAUGUAUAAGUACAGCCAGACUCUUGUGUAAUCAUAAAUAUUACUCUGAGAAAGGGGCAGGAAAUCUCAAAGGCUGGAGAGCAAAGCAGCAACAUCAUUCUGGCAGGAACAGCCAGCAGGAAGUUCUGGCCGAGAGCUCCCGAGAGCUGACCUGGCUCACCAGCCAUUGCACACGGGACUAGGCUACAGGAAAGGUAAGAAAACUGAGGAUGAAUGAGGGGAAAUAAUCUGCCUGUGGUCAGCUACAUCACCAGCAUUAUGUUAUCACAGCCCAAAGCCAAGGAAGCCUUUGACUCCUUCACUCCAAAGGACACCUUUAUCCCCUCAAAAGAAGGUAAACUGGACAAUGAUCUCCAAAAAGAAACCACAGUUCUUGGGAGUAUCCAGAUCCUGUGUUGCCUGCUGAUUUUAAGUUUGGGGGCCAUUUUGGUUUCAUCUCCCUACUCUUCCCACCUCAAGCCUGCAGUUUCCACCAUAUUGAUGUACCCAUUUUUAGGAGCUCUGUGUUUUGCCAUUGCUGGAUUCCUCUCGAUUAUCUCUGGGAAAAAAUCAACUAAGCCUUUUGCUGUGAGCAGCCUGACUUCCAAUGCAGUGAGUUCCGUUGUUGCUGUAACAGGCCUCAUCCUCCUUGCUGACAGCCUUGUAGCCCUGGGGAGUGCCUCUCAACUAUGUGGCUCACAAAGGGAACAUCUAACCUCAUUGCCUGAUUUGGAGUACGAUUAUCCAAUAUACGACUUUGAAGACUGUGUCCUGGAUGGUGUCAGUCUAACAGGUGUGCUGGUGGUGAUGUUUUUCUUAACUUUGCUGGAAUUCUUACUGGCUGCAUAUGCUUCUGUCUUUUGGUGGAAAGAAGUCUACUCCAGCAACCCUGGGUUACAAGAUUAUAUCAAAUAUGUCAAAGACUUCUUCAAGGUCAUGGAUGUGAGAACUCUCAACCUUAGAGAAAAAAAGGAGGAGAAACACAGUGCUCAAGGCAAAGUGUGAUUAGACUUCCCUGAACUUCCAGCGAUUUUAGACUCUGGAAGAAACUUUAAAAAAAAAUAGCCACUGUUUUGUAGUUUGUCAGUGUGAGUAAUUUUCUUUUUUCUUUCUUUUUUUUGUGAGUAAUUUUCUUGCUCUUGAAAAUAAUUUCCCAAAAGGCUGGGCCAGUAAAAUUUUAUUUGCCUGUCUUCCAAAAUGGCCAUAAAAUUUAUAUGCUUCUUUGGGUAAACUGGACAGAAAGUAGUUGUCUAUUAUAAAUAAGAGGAGAAAAUGUGCCCUCUUGUGCUAGUGUGAAUUGGCUAUGUGCCUGUGCAGGCUCUGUUUCUGUAUUAUUUUCACAUGUAUAUUGCUUAAAUAAUAGAUAUUAGGAUUGCAGGGACAUUUUAAUUAAAAUAUGGCUUCCUUUUUGUCAGUUGAAUGAAUUAAAUUUUUGUCAAUUAAAUAUAA